UUAAAUAUCUGAUCGGACGGUUUAAAAUCCUUCUACUCUAUCCCUUUACAUUUCGUCACUAUCACCCCCUAGAGAAAGCAACUUCGUCUUUUCUCUCUCUAGAUUUUAUUCAAACCAUCUAAUCUCUCUCUCUCUUCUUUUUUUCUUUUCAAUAUUAUCAUGCGUUUUUAAAAUUCCGAUCUCUUUAUUUAUUUCUGAGCUUUUUAGAGAGAUAAUAAAUGGCAUCUGGAUUUCCCGGCGGCGGUGGUGGACCGGAGUUUUACGGCGUUGGUGGUAGAUCUAUGCCUGGAGGUCCCAUGAACUCCGGUAACAACAAUCCUCAGAUUCCCGGGAUUUUCCUCGAUCAGAUCGGAAACAGAAUCUCCAGUGGAAAUGGAAUCGCCGGAAAACGUAAUUUAGCUGAUUUUCAAGCGGCUCAGCAGCAACCGCAGCAGUCGUUUCAUAAUCAAGCCGCUAUCAACGCCUUUCUUCUAAGGUCCGUGAAGCCUCGAACGUUCCAGAAUCUUCAGUCGCCGGCGAUCGAUAUGAGUUCGUUCGGUGGUUCUUCUCAGCGUUACGGCUCCCCGUCGUUCCUUCCGAAUCUCAGGUUUCAGACACAGCAGCAACCGGAUUACACUGGGAUCCGGAUGGGAAUCGGGUCGGGUAAUCAGACGUUAUCCGGCGUUCCGUGUAUUGAACCGGUUCAGAACCUAAACCGGGCUGAGGAAUCGGAGAACAUGCUGAAUAGUUUGAGAGAGCUUGAGAAACAGCUUUUAGAUGAUGACGACGCGCAAGGCGGUGAUGAUGACGUGUCUGUUAUCACCCAUUCCAACAGCGACUGGCUACAUGGCCUCGUGACACCGAACCCAAACCCGGUUUUGUCUUCUUCACCCACCUCUUCCUCCUCGUCUUCUUCGCCUUCAACAGCUUCGACGACCACGUCCGUAUGCUCGAGGCAAACGGUGUUGGAAAUCGCGACGGCGAUCGCGGAGGGUAAGACGGAGAUAGCGUCGGAGAUUCUAGCGCGUGUUUCUCAGACGCCGAGCCAGAGGAGGAAUUCUGAGGAGAAGCUGGUGGAUUUCAUGGUGACGGCGCUCCGGUCGCGGAUCAAUCCGGCGGAGAGCUCUGCUCCGGCGACGGAGUUGUACGGGAAGGAGCAUAUAAUCUCAACUCAAUUGCUCUACGAAUUGUCUCCUUGUUUCAAACUCGGUUUCAUGGCGGCUAAUCUCGCCAUUCUCGACGCUUCCGGUAACAACAACGACGACGGGACUUCAUUUCACGUCAUCGAUUUCGAAAUCGGUGAAGGUGGUCAGUACGUUAACCUCCUUCACGCGCUUUCCACGCGCCGUAGCGGUAAGAACCCUCUGGUGGUCAGGAUCACCGCCGUGACGAACAUAAGCGACGGAUUCUCUGUCGCCGGCCACCGUGGAGAGGAGAGGUUGAAAACCAUCGGAGAUCGUUUGAGCGAACUCAGUGAUCGGCUCGGUAUCUCUUUGAAGUUUAAUGUGGUGGCGGGUUUAAGACUGAGCGAUCUGAGCCGUGAAUCACUCGGAUGCGAUCCCGACGAGCCUUUAGCCGUGAACUUGGCUUUCAAACUCUAUCGUGUUCCAGACGAAAGUGUAUGCAUGGAGAAUCCAAGAGACGAGCUUCUCCGGCGCGUGAAAGGACUCAACCCGAGCGUGGUGACUCUAGUGGAGGAAGAGAUGAAUUCCAACACGGCCCCGUUUUUGGGCCGAGUGAGCGAGUCGUGCGCGUGUUACGGUGCUUUGCUUGACUCAGUUGAAUCGACUGUUCCGAGUUCUAACUCGGACCGUGCCAAAGUGGAGGAAGGGAUCGGUCGGAAGCUAAUAAACGCGGUUGCCUGCGAAGGGAUCGAUCGGGUUGAGCGGUGCGAGGUGUUUGGGAAAUGGCGGAUGAGGAUGAGCAUGGCUGGGUUUGAGUUGAUGCCACUUAGUGAGAAGAUAGCCGAGUCGAUAAAGAGUCGACUCAGUAACGGAAACCGAGUCCACCCGGGGUUUACCGUUAAGGAAGAGAACGGAGGUGUGUGCUUUGGUUGGAUGGGACGGACACUCGCUGUCGCAUCCGCUUGGCGUUAACUUCACACUAUUUUUACGUUUUUUUAAUUUCUUCUUAAUAUUACUACCGUAUUUUAUUGUUGUUAUUAAUUUCGGGAUAUUCUGAUAUUAUUAUCAUUGUUGUUUUCGUU